AUGACCUCUGAAGCUAUCCGGCCAAGGGGGAGGCCAGCCCAUACCCCCGGGACGACAAUCCUCACAUACACACCAGAUGGCAGACGCGUGAUAACUGCCGGCUCAAACUCCGCUAUUCGGGUGUACAACAUCGGACAAGAUGGCGAGCCAAAAACAAUCGACGAAGGCGUGGAGGCCCAUUUUGGAAUUGCCGCAACAAACGAUGCAUUUAUCAUGGGCGCAGAAGACGGCACGGUUUGGCGCUACGACAUCGAAUCUGGGAAAAUGGAAAAGCUCCUUGUGCGCUGUGCCCUACCGGUUCGCGAUCUUGCUAUAUCACAUGAUGGGGAGUGGAUUGCUGUUGCGAGCGACGAACUUACUGUGAAGAUUGUCAACACGGACGACAUGACCAAUGUGAAGUAUCUCCGAGAGCAGACAAAAGGGUCGAAACACGUAACUUUUGACCAAACCGGCCGGUUUGUUGCAGUUUCAUGCACAGAUGGGAUUCUAUACAUUUAUUCAGUGGCAUCUGAAGAGCCACAGCUGGUACGAAAGCUGGACGGCGCUAUAAGACGACUCGAGGCAGAAGACGAAGCCACUUCACGAGCAGUAUGGCAUCCAGAUGGUACGGCUCUGGCUUUGGCCCAGGCUACCCGUGAUAUUGCAAUUUUCUCAACUUCGGACUGGAGCCCGCAAAAAUCUUUUACUUCUGGACACAACGGCGACAUCACAGCUCUCGAAUGGUCCCCCAAUGGAGCGCUCCUGGCAACAGCUGGCUCGGAUGGACAGAUCCUGCUCUGGGAGACUAGCACUCAGAACAUUUUGAAGCGAUAUGAUUUCUCGAAUGUGAUCAAUCUCUCGUGGCACCCUAGUAGAAACUUGUUAUCUUUCACCUCAUCAGAUGGUGAGCUCUUUAUUCACGAAGAUUUUGUGCCGGGAGAAUACUUGUCCAUCCUUCAGAAACAGACGGAAUCUGCUUUACGAGGUGGCCCGCUAGGAGAAACAUCAGGAAAUGUCAGAAAACCCAUGGUCAACAGGCCCAAGCCUGGAGGAGAGAAUCGGCCCAGAAGAGGUGGUUCCCCCGAUUCUUUGGAUGAUCUUCUUGGACUAGAUGAUGCGGAUGAUUUCGUGGAAGACGAUGAUGGUGCUGGCUAUACGGAAGACGUUGAUAUGAAUGGCUUCGGCAAGCGCACUAAUGGACAUUUGGAUGGGCCUGAAGGUCGGGAGCAGAAGCGCUUGGCUUCCUACUGGGAGCCUACCGUCCAUGCUCCGUUUCAACCAGGAAGCACCCCUUGGAAAGGAAACCGAUGUUACCUUUGUUUGAAUUUGACUGGAGCGGUGUGGACAGUGGACCAGGAAUCUCACAACACGGUCACUGUGGAUUUCUAUGAUAAUGAACUGCACAGGAAUUUCCACUUUACAGACCCUUAUCGCUAUGAUAAAGCAUGUCUCAAUGAUAACGGGACGCUUUUUGCUUCGCCUCCAGGAGAUGGUCCCGCAACCAUUUACUAUCGUCCUCACGAAACUUGGACAACUCGAGGAGAUUGGCGGACUCAAUUGCCUCCGGGAGAGACGGUGAAAGCAAUUGCAUUGAGCGAGUCCUACAUUGUUGCUUUGACAUCUGCAAAUUACAUACGCAUCUAUACACUCUACGGAACACCAUUCCGCGUCUACAGACAAAAGAGCUCGGCGGUGACGUGUGCAGCAUGGCGAGAUUAUGUCUUUACGAUUGGAAAUGGACCUGUCGGCCCUAGUGGAUUCUCGUCAAUGACCUAUUCGAUUGAAAAUGUCAAACGCGACGAGAUCUGCCAAAAUGAAGAUAUCGUGGCAAUAAAAGAAGGCGAAGAGCUGAAAAAUGUGUUUUUCUCUGAUGCUGGCGAUCCUUGCAUUUAUGACUCGGAAGGAGUUCUCUUGGUGUUGCAACACUGGAGGACUCCCGGCCAGGCUCGAUGGGUCCCACUGCUCGACACCAAGCUUCUUGACCGAUUGUCCAAAGGCCGUAAAGAUGAGGCAUAUUGGCCUGUGGCUGUGGCACAGGACAAGUUCCAUUGCAUCAUCCUCAAGGGUGGAGAAUCUCAUCCGUACUUCCCCAGACCGCUUCUGAGCGAGUUCGAUUUCAAGAUCCCGGUCUCGACCGCACCACCUCCCAAGACCGACGACACGGAAGCAGAUUCAGAUGCUCGAAAUGAUGCCCUGAGAUUCGAGGAAUCAUUUGUCCGCGAGAACCUAUUCCUCAGUCUGUUCCAGGAUCUCAUAUCCACGACAAACGCCACUCGCAACCAGCGUGCCGAACUCGCGCGGAAAGAAAUCGAGCUCGACAAGAUUCUCUUGCAAAUGCUUGCCGUUGAGUGCCGAGAAGGCGAGGAUCGUGGCAUGAAGGCCCUCGAACUGGCGGAAAUGAUGCACGAUCGCAGCGGUAAGAUGCUCGAAGCCGCGGCCAAGGUGGCGCAGAGAUAUGACCGAUCCAUCCUUGAAGACAAGAUCCGAGAUGUGGCUGAGCGGCGGCUCAUGGGUAUGGAUGAAGAUGAUGAACUUGCUUGA